AUGCACAAUAUACCCUGUAUAUUUAAUCUGAAGAUGAGAUAUAAGAAAUACAGGACGUGUAUAAGAAUUUUAGUAACAGCAGAACAAGAGGUACAAGAGGUACAAGAGGUACAAGAGGUACAAGAGGUACAAGAGGUACAAGAGGUACAAGAGGUACAAGAGGUACAAGAAGUACAAGAAGUACAAGAGGUACAAGAAAUACAAGAAGUAUAG